UAUUUUUAGAUUCUGAGAUUAAGCGAAUAACGGAAUACCGUUAGUUUUGUAUUCUGCUUUAUUCCCAACGCACCGUCAUUAUUUUUGUGGUUCCGAACUAAUGAGGAGGAGAGUGUGAUGUCGUCGCUUGUAUGGGUUUUGCCACCACCGCUUUUUUUUCAGGGAGGGCUUAAUGGGAUGUUCUGCUACUUUCGAGCUUCCCCUUUCUUCAAGAUCAGUUGAAAUCACAUAAAAAAUAUCAAUAUACCCCAGAUAAGUGUAGAUAAGUGAAAUAAGUGAAAAAAACUGGUGGUUUGUGUGUUUGAAAGAGGUUUGGAAAGUGAGUUGCUUCCUCCGUCCAUGGUAGCAUGGGAUGUUGACAUCAUGGGUAAACUGAAGUGUUUCGAAAUCUACUUGGACAGUAACAAGUCUGUUUACCAUCCAGGAGAGAGGGUUACCGGUCAGGUAAUCGUAGAACUGAAAGGGGACAUGAAAAUGCGAUCCCUUCGCGUAUUUAUGCGUGGAGUGGCGAAGGUCCAUUGGACGGAAUCUCGCAGUACUGGCAGCAGACUUGGUUCCUACACAGAACACUACAAUGCCGAAGUGGAGUACUUCUUCAAGAGACAGGUCUUGUUCGGCGGAGAAGUGUCUGAGGGGAGAGAAACAUUAACUGAAGGAAGGCAUGAGUUCAAUUUUGCUUUUGAUCUCCCAAUGGGAGGCAUUGCCACAUCAUUUGAAGGUAAACAUGGCAGCAUCCGAUAUUGGCUAAAAGCAGAAAUGGACAAACCUUGGGCUUUCAAUCAUAAAACCAAAAAAGCCUUUACUGUAAUAUCCCCAAUUGAUAUAAACAAACCUGAAUAUCAGAUUCAGGUUGAAAAUAACAUUGAAAAAACUUUAUGUUGCUGGUUAUGUACAUCAGGACCUAUUUCUAUUACUGCACGCACAGAUCGAAAAGGCUAUUGCCCAGGAGAAUCUAUUGCGAUUUCAGCCGAGUUCGAUAAUUGGUCGUCAAGAACAGUCACACCUUAUGCAUCCUUGCAUCAAACACAAGCAUUUUUUGCAAAUGGAAAAUCUAGAGUACGCCGUACCAAAUUUACUGUUCUCACAGGUUUACCUGUUUCCCCUGGCAGUGGUGGCAUGUGGGAAUCUCAGCUUCUCAAAAUUCCAGCAGUCUCUCCUUCCAUAAUGAAUUGUUGUGUUAUGAAGGUGGAUUAUUUUGUUAAGGUUGCAUUACACAUCCCAGGAUCAUACAAUCUGACACUACAGCUACCUGUAGUGAUAGGUACUGUUCCUUAUCGAAGAGCACGUCCUUAUCACUACUCUUCCGAACCUCGAUACUGCCGACCACUCCAACCACAAACAUGUAGCCUAAACCUGUUACCUUUACCGCCACCUUACAGAGAAACUGUUACCCCACCACCUCCAUUCGAAGAACCUCCAACAUAUGCUGAGAGUGUUGGCGGUGCAGUUGAUAUUCGCGAUGAAGAUGAUGAUCUAACAUGUAAUAUGGGAGAUCUCACUUAUACACCAAUGUAUACAUAUGUAUACGAUUACAGACCUCCACCAGCCUAUUCAGAGAUUGAUCCGAAUCCCUCAACUCAAUCGACCACAGUACGUUUUCUGGAAGACGGACAUUCAUGACGCUGAACUGGCAACAUUAUGUCAUAUAGUCCACUAUUGUUUGAGCUGGCCAGAUAAAAAGAGAUUGCCAUCUUGAUUCUAACUCUGACUCACAUGAGUAGCCAUUACUUGUUGGCUGUUGCUGGUCAAUCUGUCUACAAGCUAUGCUGACCAAGAAGAGUAAUCAAAGUGUAUGUUUAUAUAUAUAUAUAUACGUAUAUAUAUAUAUAUAUAUAUGCAGCUUUCCUUUAUCCCUUCCUCUCUACCACCACCACCACCCCUCUACUUAAAGCUAAUUGAACUGACAUAUAUUCAUCACUAUCACAACAGAGAAUUUUAACUGUUGAACAAACAGAUUUAUUAACUGAUGAUAUAAACUUAUACAUUCUUUUUUUUUAAUUUAAUUUUAUUUUUAAUAUAUUUUCAUUUUCAAGAGACAAUAAUUGAUAUCAAAAAAAGCCCUGCUAUAUUCUAUUCAAGAGAAUGAAAAUCACUUAUAUUUCUAAGUUAAGCUCUCCAUUAAAAUACAACAAUUGUUCACUCAUCAGUUUAUCUGAUGCUUUAUAUUUUUGAAUUGAUGCUUUUAAAAGUUGUUGCAUUCGACUUAUUAACAAAUGUAUCAAUAUUUCAUGUCUUGUUAUUAUUAUUAUUAUUAUUAUUAUUAGUAAUUUUGUUAAUUGUAAAGUUAAAAGUUCAUCAUAUUCAUCAUUCAAGUGUAAACAUUUUUAUUUAUAUUUGUAUCCUCUAUUUUUCUUAAUUAAAAUCUACCUAACCAUCUGUCUAUCUUGCACAUACAUACAAAUCAGUGCAUGUGUACUCAGGCCAGAAUUCUGAAUUGAUGAGCUUUUCAACUGAUUCUCAGGUUUCUAGGAUGAAAAAAAAAACAAAAACAAUAGUUAGGUUCUUAUUUCAA